AUUUCCUUGUUAAUGAUGCGAGUAAAAGCUUUAACAGCAGAAUAUAAUCAAUGGCAAAAAAGAAGUCCUGAAAUAAUUUCUACCAAUCCAGAGGUACUGUUAGCAUUAGGAAAAGAAGAGUUGCAGAAAGUAAAGAAUGAUCUUGAAGUCAUGCUGUCAAUGGUUCAGUCAAAGAAUAAACAACUGGAAGAAGAUCUGAAAAGAGAACAGCAGUGGCUUGAGGAACAGGAGCAGAUACUAGAUGCUCUUAAUGGAAUUGAAGAAGAGACAAAAAUCCAAGUUGAACAACUUUCCAAACAAAGUCCGAAUGCUAGAGCAUUUUAUGAACUGCAAAAUAAAAUGUUGAAACUAAAGAUAUAUAAGGAAGAAAUCUUGAAUGCUCUGGGUGAAUUCCUAGAAGAACAUUUUCCCCUUCCAGAGAAAGGUGGAAGUGCUAAAAAGAAGAAUUCUUCUGAAGAGCCAGCUGUAGAACUGAUAACACUGCAUGAAAUUUUAGAGAUUCUUAUAAACAAAUUAAUGAGCACACCACAUGAACCCUAUGUAACAAUCACUGACUCAUUUUGGCCACCUUAUAUUGAGCUGCUGCUGCGAUAUGGAAUUGCCCUGAGACAUCCAGAAGAUCCAAACAGAAUACGCCUAGAAGCUUUUCACAUGUAG